AUGCAGAUAAAAUCAAACAUCACUCGUCAAUCAGUUGUGAUGGAAUCAGAAACAAUUGAAAAGCGAAAGAGCAACAAAGCUUCUACUGAUAAAUCGGCAAAGAAUGUGGGCAAAACUGCACUUGAGAAAACAAUUGGAAGUAAAGCUGCUGCACCAAACAAGGUUAUAGAGCUGGGCGUUUUUGUGGAUUCAGCUGCACUUUCUUUGUUCAUGCCCUACUUAGGGGCCAGAGAAUAUGUGAAACUUCGUGAGCUGAUCCUUGCCUUCGUCAAUGCGAUGCAAGCACUGUACCACCUUCCUAGUCUAGGCCAACGUGUCGACUUCUCGAUUGUUUACAUGGAAUUCCACGCAAAACCACCGGCCAAUUUAGUAAACAACGGAGAGCGUGGGCAACUUCUCGAUUCCUUCUGCUCUUUUCAGACGAAAUUGAACAAACCGUCCGACAGCGAUGCCGAACAUUGGGAUAUGGCACUUCUUCUUUCUGGACUUGAUUUUUAUGCAGUUGAAAAAGGGAAAAAUAAUUACGUCGCAAUGGGUUUGUCAACUGUCACCGGUGUUUGCACUGACAUUUACAAUUGCGUCAUCGGAGAAUUUGACGUCACGAACCAGCGAGGUCAACCGUAUCCUUCCACCGGAUUCACUUCAGUAUACGUAAUGGCUCAUGAGAUUGGCCACAAACCCGGCCAAUUAUGGUCGGCCGAUGAGCAAUGCCGGAUUCUCUUGCGGGACAAGGCUGCUGUUGCUUUCUUCGCCACAACCGCCGACAUUGCCGCGUCUUGCAACUCGCUGAAAUGUAAAACACCAAAUCGCGAUGGCUUCUUUACUUCUGGUCCAGCUCUCCCCGGAACGGUUUGCGGUAGCUCACUGUGGUGCGAUGGAGGAAACUGCGUUCCGUCCGGCCGCUCUAACGUAAUAGUAACAGUUCAAGGAGGAUGGUCAGACUGGAAAAACAAACCUUGCAGCUCCGGCUGUCUCACGAAAUCCAAAGGAGCGGUCGUCAGUGAAAGAGAGUGCAAUAAUCCAGCACCGAGUGACGUGUUGCAUCGCUGCGAAGGCGCCAGUCUCAAGGCGGCCGUUUGCGACGACGAACAAGUUUGCACCGGAAAAACACGCGUCGCUCCGGUCGAAUAUGCUGGCCAGCAAUGCGCCAAAUUCAGCCAACAUGUGCCAUUCAUAGAUGCUAAAGGCACUGGCAUGCAAGCGGCCUACUCUGAAAAACGGCCAUGGCAAUCGUGCGCCAUUUUCUGCAAGCGAAGCGAUCGGGAAGGAUUUUACACUCCACGACUUGAUUUGAACAGUUUGGCCGACGUCUCUGCUUAUUUCCCGGACGGAACUUGGUGUGGCAACGACGGCCAAAAGGAUCUGUAUUGCCUCCAACGAUCCUGCGUCUCUGGCGAAGGAUUGAUCCGCAGCACCGGUGAGAAAAGCAGCACGGACCUGGACAUGGCCAACAACGCUCCGAUGACGGGUGUGGUCAGUCACAAAAUCCCGGCCGCCCUAGAGGAGUACUUGAUGCUGGACAAGAAUGGUAAACCCAUGAAGGAGGAAAUUGACGCCGAGACGCUGAAAGCCGCCAAAAAGAGCGGGAAAAGCAAUUCGGGUUACGAGGAUCAACAUUUCAUCACUUUGAAACCACCAAAGUAA